CCAAAGAUUAAACAAAUGGCCCGCCAGCCGGCCCGGUGCGUCCAUAGAACUCAAAAAAAAGAAAAGUCAGAAUAUGCCCGCUAUUCCAAUCCCCCGCAUCCUAUCAAUCUUUCGAUUUUUGGCAAUUUCUUUUGUUUCCUCCAUUCAUGUGGCUUCAGUCGAACGCCUGAUCCCUUGGGGGAAAUUUCUCGACCGCACCGGGGAACAGGCUGCUGCUGCCGCAGCCGGAACAGUAAGCUAGUCGGUCUCUCGUCCAUGGAAGAGGAGAGCAGCUCGCGCGGAUGCUACGGCGGCAAAGCUUGGAGGCCGGUGAAGACGUGGGCUUCCGCCACCGUCUUCGUCCUCUUCACAGUGGUCCUUCUCUCCGGGGUCUUCAUCUCUUGGAUAGACAUCCCUACUUUUACUUUUCCAGGCGCUUCAAUUUUCAAGACUACCGCCAACGAAAGCUCUGCGCAACCAUCUCUGAAGAAAACCGAGUCUCCGAAAACCGAGUUUCCACCCGAGUCUCCGAGAACCGAGUUUCCACCCGAGCCUGCAAAAAAAGAGUUCCCGAUCAACUGCCCGAAUGCAACCACGAAGCAAACAUGCCCCUUGGAUUAUCCCUUGAAACACGAGACCAAGAAUAUAGACGCCGAGGUAUGUCCCGAGUACUUCCGGUGGAUCCACGAGGACCUCCGGCCUUGGAAGGCCGCGGGAAUCACGAGAGAGAUGUUGGAGGGCAUUAAGAGCACUGCGCAUUUUAGGAUCGUGGUUCACAAGGGGAAAGUCUAUCUGGACAAGUUCAGGCCUGCAUACCAAACGAGAGAAGAGUUCACAUUCUGGGGGAUUGCGCAGCUCGCGAGGUUGUAUCCUGGUAAGUUGCCGGAUUUGGAACUGAUGUUCCAAUGCGAAGACCGACCAGCGAUCAAGAAGGAAGACUACAAGGGCUCGAAAGGCACCAAGAUCCCGCCAUUAUUUCAUUAUUGUGGACACCACAUGGCGUUUGACAUUCCGUUCCCUGAUUGGUCCUUCUGGGGUUGGCCUGAGGUGAACAUAAAGCCAUGGGAAAGCACAUUAUCAGCCAUAGAAGAGAAGGCACAGAUGAUCUCAUGGAACGAUAGAGAGCCCUAUGCUUAUUGGAAAGGCAACCCAACUACUUCUCGAGGCAGGGGUGAACUCCUCAAGUGCAAUGACAGCAAAGAAAUCGAUUGGAAAGCUCGCGUGUAUAACCAGGACUGGGGUCGUGAAAUGGCUGAAGGAUUUAAGCAUUCGAAUCUAGAAGAUCAAUGCACUCAUAGGUAUAAUAUCUACAUUGAAGGAAUCGCUUGGUCGGUUAGUCAGAAGUAUGUUCUAGCAUGCGAUGCCAUGACAUUGCGGGUAAAGCCGGACUACUAUGAUAUCUACUCGAGAGGGCUGAUCCCCAUGGACCAUUACUGGCCCAUAAGGCCCCACAAGAUGUGCAGGGACAUCAAGUACGCCGUGGAAUGGGGAGACGAGCACCCUGCACAGGCGCAGGCCAUCGGAGAGAACGGACGGAGGUACGUCGCCGAGAGCGCGAAGAUGAAGUACGUGUAUGACUACAUGUUCCACCUGCUCAGCGAGUACGCAAAGCUCCUGAAGUUCGAGACGAAGGUGCCACCGGGGGCGGUUGAGAUGUGCUCGGAAGCAAUGGCCUGCCCGUUCCGUGGCUCGAUCAGGAAGUUCAUGGACGAUUCUCUGGUGAUGUCCCCUAGCGACGUGCCGCCGUGCUCGUUGCCGCCCCCUUACAAACCGGACGAGCUCAAAGCUCUCCAGGAAAGAAAAGAGAAGGUGACCAGAGGAGUGGAGAUGAAGGAGGCUCGGUACUGGAGAGAUUUUAAGAGGGGCACGUCCUCUUGGUGGUCGCGGAUAUUUCAUCAUUAGAGUACGAAAGUUGGACACGUUAGUUUCCACCGUCGGUCCACUUAUACCUUAGAAACGAUGAGAACACAGUAGCGAGCAGAUACAUUAAAGAAGACAUUUUGUAAGUAGAAUCU